GGUGGGAAGAUUAAACAGAAGCGACCAGCCACUGCGACAGAAAGCAGAACCCAGCAGCUGGGGAAUCGAUCUGAAGAGAAUCGGGAAGGAAGCACGGAUCGGUGAUGUGGUAACAGAAUGGGCAGCAACUACAUACAAGCCUUCUCCGUGGCCCUGAUCGACGGUGCCCUCGACAAGGAUGAGGGGGUGCGGCAGGAGAUCGCCCAGGCACUGCGCGUGCUGGGGGGCCGGCACCCUACCCUGGUCCUGCUCGCCUGUCACGACUACCUCAGCAAGCACAGCAAGCUGGUUCAGCUUCACCGCAUCAUCAUCCUGAACAGCAUGGAAGCCAUCGUCAAGGACACCAUUGACCAACUGGACCAGCCCUUGGCCAGGAAGAUCAUCUCGCUCGCCUCAGAGGAGAUGACCCGAUCCAAGGAAGCCCUGCCCGAGUGGCAGCUCUCUGCCAGUCAGCUGCUGGUGGCCCUGGGCUGCAGGUUCAUCAAUGAGGUGAUGGAGGAGGUCCUGCAGAGGUUCCAACCUGGAGUCCUGCCCCACAUCUUUGUGGUUCACACCCUGGGCAACCUGUCCACCGCCAACGUGUACGGCAUGGUGCCCUUCCUGACUGCCAUCCUGGGAACCAUGCUGCCCAUGUUGGGAAUGGCAAAGCAAGACUCCAUGAAAUCGGUCUUCACCAUUGCUCUGGGCCAUUUCAGCGAGAGUAUUCUGGAGUACCUGGCGAAUCUGGACAAGGCCCCAGACCCGACGGUGAGGAAGGACGCCUUCUCCGCCGAGAUCUACGCUUCCUACGACAUCCUCUUCAACAUCUGGCUGCAGAACAAAGACCCCAAGCUGAGGACCAGCGUGGUGGAGGCUGUCGGUCAGAUGUCACACCUGAUGCCUCAUGACAAGCUGGAAGAGCAGCUUCCCAGACUGAUUCCCGGGAUCCUCAACCUCUACCGGAAGCAUUCCGAGCAUUUCCACAUCACUCAGAGCCUGUGCCAUGUGCUGGACUCCGCAGUGGAGAUGGGCAGUCGAGUGCUGGAGACCCAGAUCGACAGCCUGCUCAGCACCUUGCACCCCCAGGUUUGUGCUCCCUUGGAAUACACCAACCACAUGGCUGUCAAGAACCACAACGAAGUCCUUCGCUGUUACACGGUCCUGGCCUGCGCCUACACAGACAGACUCGUCGCUUUCCUUCUCCAGAAGUUGGAGGUCCACAACGAGCGGGUCCGCAUCGGCACCCUGACUGUGCUGAAGCACCUCAUCAACUCCUGCUCAACUCAGCUGGAGGGCAAGAAGCUCCUGAUACUGACUGGCAUGAAGCUCACACUCCAGGACAACAACAGCAACAAGGUGAAGCGGAUGCUCGCCCAGGUGAUCAGCGCCAUGGCCCACCACGAGUACCUGGAGCUGGAGGGAGGCGAGGCCAUGGUGGAGUUCAUCGUCCGGCAGUGCGCCCUGCCCUGCAAUCCAGGGACCCCCAAGCCCCGCACGUACGACCCAGAGGAGGUGACUGAGGAGAACCUGAGGGAUAUGUGUGACAACAUCUUGAACCUGCUGACCACCACCGUGAAGAGCAUGCAGGAGGUUCUGUGGCCAUUCCUCCUGGAGUUCGUGAUGCCGGUGCAGUACCUGAACGCCCUCACCCCCAUCUGCCGCAGCCUGGCGUUCCUGGGAACUAAGGCACUGCAAGCUAACAGCAAGGAACCUCUGCUCAGCAACAGGACAAGAGAUCUGCCAACACCUCACGCCUUGCUGACGCGCCUCUUGGUGGUGUCCGCGUUCCCCUACCGCGGGAGGGGUCGAGGGGUCUCUGCGCUCAGGUUGCUCCAGGUCCUGGCUCCGGUCAUACACCCCCAGGUGGCGGGGGUCUGGGACCAGCAGCUGCCACCCCUCCUCCAGCAGCUGGAAGAGAAUUCAGAGGAAUCCUUAGCCCAGCGACAGUGGGAGGACAGACUGCUGCUGCUGCUGUCCAAGAGCCUGGAGACGGUGACCCCCGGCAGCGAGUCGUGGAGCUGUCAGCUGAGCGAGGAGAUGACCCGACACCUCCCCCAGUACAACAGCUUUCCUCAGGAGAAGGGGUUCCUGUACAAGUGCGCUGGAGUGGUGCUGCGGCAGAUCCCCAACGCCGACGUGGUGAGGAAGCAGCUGAUGGAGCUGCUGCAGAGCGUGCGGCACUCCGAGUCACUGGAGAGGGAGGGUGUUGCUGUCUGUGUCGGCUUCUGUGCUACGACACACCUGGACGACACCCUCUCCAAACUGGAGGACUUCGGCAAGUCGGAAAUCUUUAAGAAGUCUGCAAGUCUCUUCCACAUCCUUAAGGACAAGUCAGACAUGGAGGUGGAGAAGGCAAAGAGUACGCUGAUCCUGUGUUACGGGUACCUGACACUGCAUGCUCCUGAGGAUCAGAUCCUGCCCAGGGUUGAGAAGGACGUUGUCAAACAGGUCCUCAGCCACUUCAACACCAAGGUUCUGGGCAUUAAAGUUGAGACCAAGGAUCUGACCAUUAAGCUCAGUCUGAUGAAGACCCUCACCCUGAUUGCCAGGGCAGUCCACGCCAGCAGGAAGAGCCAUCCCUGCGCCUUCACGCAGAAGGGAGAGCUGCUGCAGUACAUGCAGGAUUUGAUCAGAUCGGAACCGACAGACACGCUGAGGACCCCCAUCAGACAGCAGGCCAUCAUCACCUGCACCCACUUGCUUAAGCUGGACCCUCCCCUGGGUGAGGUGGACAUCUUCGAACUGAUCAAAACCUGCAUGAACAGCGUGUUCGGGUUACCGCCCGUGGGGGCCGACAGAGGCAAGGAUGAGACCGGAGUGGAGCUGAAGGAGAGGGAGGUCCUGUAUGCCGAAACACUGACAGCUCUACAGGACCUCCUGAAGCAAAUCCUCUUCCAGGACCUGAGCCCCGAUGGGCUGCAGACAUUGUUUAAGCACGUCGAGGGUUGGAUCAUCUCGGCCAAGGGCUGGGAGCGGGACCGAGCCAUCCUCACCCUCUCCCAACUGCUGGCCUUUUACCUGGAAAAGCUCAACGUCCGGACCAUGGUGACCUUCCACAACCUGGGGGCAAUCAUCGGACGGUUGGUUCCCCGGUGCACGGACCCACUGGUGACGGUGCGACGGAGCGCGCUGGAGGGAGUGUACACCCUCCUGUCCAUCCAGCAGCGGUACGCUGGAUUUGCCCACAACCACCGCGAUGAGGGGGUGGAACGACUCUGGACUCUCCGCGACUCCUUGGAUCAGUCGGACAGUCGGGUUCUCUUCUGUAACUGCUCUGAGAUUGGACAGGUGAUUGCGAAGAGCAUUCCCCAGGGACAGCUUCACCCUCUGCUUUUCCUCCUCUUCGAGGGUCUGGUCGAUCCACAGCCCAACUGCUCCAGAGCAGCCUCUGUCGUCAUCAACACUCUCGUCAGGAUCCGAGGCAGCAGUCUCAGCGACCAGGUCCCAGAGCUGCUGACGGCCAUACACUCCCGCCUGGAAUCCAUCAGCCAGGAGCCGGUGAAGAUGUCCGUCCUGCAGACCGUCUGCCUCCUUGCCUCCCAGAACCUGGCAGCCGUGAUCUCCUGUCUCCUCACCUAUCCUCUGCCCUUUGACAGGCCCACGGGGGAGAUGUGGCGGUCAGUGGCGGUGGAUGCGACGCUGGCUCGGGCCGUGCUGGAGCUGCUGACCGAGCGGCUGGACAAGCAGCUGCCGUAUGAGGAGCGCCGGGAGUCUCUGCUGAGCAAGGCCGUGGUCCGGCUGGCGACCCUGCAGCCCUUGGCAAUCACCUGCGCCCUGCACGAGCUCCUGUCACAGCCCGAGGUGAUCCAGGUCGUCGGUCUCCUUCACCCGCUGCUCUUCAGCUCCCUCCUCGUCCGUGUUGGCUCCACUGUCGGUGUCCGGCUGCCCAAGGACCUCCCAAACCAGUCGAAGGAAGGGCGGGGGAUUCGCUUCCCCAGGACCCUCGACGUAUGCAGCUGUUCAGUGCACGCUCUCAGGGCAAUGUUGUCACGGAGCCAGAAUGAGGAGUUGCUCCAGUUCGUGAAGGAAGAGGAGGUCUGGGAGCUGAUGAAGAGCCCGGAGACUCACCACCAGGGUGUCACCAUCCUGGCGAGGGCCAUGGCGAGACACAGCACGUCACAUCUGAGCAGCAUCGUGGAGAGGCUGGAGCCGGUCCUGACUGCACCCUACGAGGGCCAGAGGGUCACCGUGACUGCCUUCUUCGCCGAGUUACUGAACCACCGUGUGACCUCUGACCUGCUCCUGACUGACGUGUUGAUCAGCAGCCUCCUGCGGUGCCUGGUCGAUGUGUCCGCCCUGGUCCGGAUGUUGUCCAUCCGGGGGCUCGGGAACGCUGCUGACGGGGCUGCGGGCAAGGUUCACAAGUACUCCACCCGCCUGCUGUCGGCCAUGAUUGCGGGCAUGGACGAGAAGGACGACCCCGAUGACCGCAUCACCCUGGAGUCCAUGUCCGGCCUCUCCAAGGUGCUGGCCCAGCUGGAGGAGAACAACGUGCAGCCCAUCCUCAUCAACAUCGCCCUCCGCAUACGGCCCUUCUUCGAAAAGGACGAGGACAGGGUCCGGGCUGCAGCCUUCACAGUUUUUGGGAACCUGUCCCGCUUUGGAGAUGGAGAGUCGAAGGCCGACUUCCUGGAGCAGGUCCACUCCAGCCUGGUCAGCCUGCUGCUUCACCUCAAUGACAGCAGCGAGGAGGUGGUGAAGGCCUGUAAAUUUGCCCUCCGUUUGAUCGGCCCUCUUAUGGGCUCGGACAACGUCAGUGCGAUGUUUCAGAAGCACCUGCUAGAGGAGGCAAACCUUCACUAUGGAGAGUUCAUCAACGAUCUGGCCAAACAUAUUAUCAGCAGUUUCCCAGAGAAAAUUAACUUCUACAUCAUGGGCAAUGUCUCGUUCUUCAAAAGCACCAGGCCUGAGAUUCGAGGAAAUGCUGUCAUGUUCACAGGGUUCCUCCUGGGGAAUCUGUCACAGACCGAGCUUCAGUCAGUUUCCCUGGAGCAUGUGUGUGGAGCCAUCGUCAUGCUGCUGCGGGACGGGGUGCCCAGUGUCCGGAUCAAGGCAGCCGAGGCACUCAGCCUCCUCCACGAACUCUGAUCGGCCGGGACCAGGCCGACUCCGCCCCUGCCUGGAGGUGAUGGCUCUGCAGGGAAGGUUGGACAAUCCGUGGCCCAGACCAAAUAUUCGACUGAAGUUAUUACAUAAUGACCCAAAUGUUAUCAUUUUGCUCCAUUCUGGUGGUUGCCCAAGUGAGUGGGGAUGGUGGGGACAGAGUUAUAGCCUGUUAACGGCAGCUUGUAGGUUCGGUCCUGGUACAAACCCAGGAAGCUGAAUCUGUCCCAGCUGCCGAGAAUGCCCCACUUCCCCGCCGCAGGGUUAUGGGAGUUACACUACCUGUCCCUCUGAGAUGGCCGUGAGGGAGGUGUCAUCAUGUGAUCCUUGCUUCAGGUUACAUGGAGUGAGAGGCCACAGGCCUGUUUGAUGAGUCCACUGCCCAUCCUCAGGCACUGAGGUAGCCUGUAGUGGUUCCUGUGUUCCAACAGGAAAGGGCCCCCUUCCUUCCCAGCCCUCUCUUCAUGGCUUGGGAAUGCCUUUGGGUCUCUCUCAGGUAUAAAAUGUCCUUGUGGGCUGGUACUGGUGCCCAUUCCCAAGGCUCAUCCACCAGGGAACCACGGGAUCAGUACAGGCUGCAGCCUUGUCCUGAGUGAAGUCACCCAUCCAGCCCCUGCUGCUAAUUGUGGAGCCUGGCUCCCACGAUUACUUGUGAACGGAACUGGAGGCUUCCAGUUGGUACCUUGGUCAGAAGCUGGAUUCUCCUGGGGGUGGGUGAGUAGCUGAGAGCUGCUGGGAACAGGCGCCAGAGCUUACCCGCACUGGAGAGGCAGAGUGAGGAGGAGAUGGUGAGGGUACAGAGGGAUGGUUCCCUGAUCUCUGGCCCAAUGUACCUGCUGUGUGUUGCACAUGAAGGUGAAGGGGGCUCACAUGGGAGCUCCAGACAAAUGGACCAGAGGGCAUUUCACUCGCUGGAGAGAGUGCCCUUGCUACCAAGCCAUUUGCUUGCUCGCUUGCCCUGACUGACCUAUCAGCAGCCAUGCUGGCUCUUGGAGCUGUUACAAAUUAGAUGCCUUCUACUUACCUGGUGUGGUUUUUAAAGUUUGAAUCUACAAGAGAUGGUACAGAAAUAUCUUUAAUAAUAAACUGGCUGAUUGCAGCAUCAAUGUAAAUCAGAAAAUAUGUGGGACAAAUUAUACAAAGAUUUAAAAUGUAUAUCUGGUCUAAAUAUAUUCAUUUCACAAACA